ACCUUUUGUUAAUAAAAAAUAAAAACAUUUGUUGCACUUUAAAUUCGUGACAGUUAAUGUGUGACGUCAUUUCCGCCUCUUGGUCUAAGAAGAAAGGACAUUUUGUGCUGAACAAAAUCCGUUUUUGUUCUUAGCAUCGGUUCCUUCAUUAAAGGGGAAGAAAGCACAUACUUCCUCCAUUGACCUUUUAUCUGUUCAAGAGUUCAUUUAAUUUUUUUAAUAAGAUAAUGUGUUCUGUCAUGGACGACUAGACACCCAUCAUGGGGUAUCCAGCAGAGAGAAAGGCUUCAAUUGGCACAUCCUGUGGUCAUAUUUUUUUUGUUGGAUUUCAUAUUGACUAUAUGUUAAGGUCCAAAGAAACCACCAUUUGUCAUUUAAAAAUGUCUUUUGGUCAGUGUAGUUGCAGUGCAUUUUUUAGUGAUCCAGGAUGAGGUUAAAGAGCUGCCAUGGAGGAAUGGCAUAACAUCCAUCUUGUUCAUCUAACCAAGCUUUUUGAUUGAUGUGGCUUCUUUUAUGUUUCACAUUAUGAUAAAGCAGUUUUAGUUCAGGGCACAUGUCACCAGUUCUGUGAAGAAACCCUUCUGUUGUGUAAUCAAGUCAAGUUUUAAAGACAUGGAUAAAGAGGAUUUUUUUUCUCUCUCUCUCCGUUCAGGGUUAGAUGUUUUUUUUGUCUUUUUUACACAGUUCAUCCUCUAUAUGCACAGAGCGUAUUCAAGCCUUUCUCUCUGCUGGACAUCCCCUUCUCUUUCCCCAAUUUUUUGAAAUGGAAAUUAUACAAAACAGUGCUUUCCUGAGGGGUUUGUGUCGCAAUAGCGCCCCUGCAGAUUUACAGUAUGAUAAUUCAUCAGAACUCUUUCGUAUAUCCACAUAUGCUAAGUUCCCCACCACUGCGCCAGUGACGGAGAGGAGUCUCGCUCGGGCAGGCUUUUAUUACACUGGAGUAGGUGACCGUGUCCAGUGUUUCCGCUGCAAUGCGACGGCUGACAACUGGCAAUCUGGUGACUGCCCUGCUGAGCGCCACAAACAGCUGUCUCCCAACUGCAGCUUCAUCCAGAGUUUACCCGCCACCGCAAAUCUCCUGUCGUCCUCCCACUCAGCCUUUUCCCCACUUCGCAAUGUAGCCAUCUUGCAGCUGUCUGCCCCUGCAACCACAGGAGUGUCGACCACUGCGGCAUCAUCUUCAGGCCAAACAGAGGAGCAGGUGGGUUACCUAAACAUGGGAUUCAGUAACCUGGCACCCUCCAGUCCCAUUUCCUCCCGUGGAGUGGAGGAUGUGUCUCACCAGAGACCGCCGGCUUGUCACAAUCCCAGUAUGCGUCGGGAACAAGAUCGCCUUGACACGUUUCAGAAUUGGACUCUUGCUACAGUAACUCCAGCUGAGCUCGCCAAAGCUGGUUUCUACUACCUUGGCCAGGGUGACAGGGUAGCUUGCUUCAGUUGUGGCGGCCAGCUUAGCAACUGGGAACCAGGAGACCGGGCAGUAUCUGAGCACCAGAGGCAUUACCCCAACUGUCGCUUUGUUCGAGGCGACCGUGCAGAUAACGUACCGUUAUCUGGUGGUGGCCUUUCAAAUGUAUCUAACUCAGCAAUGCAACAGUGCGAAGAACGGCUGUUAACAUUUGUCAACUGGCCCUCAAGAAUACCUGUUCGACCAGACCAGUUGGCUAAAGCUGGGUUUUACUAUGUUGGUCGUAACGAUGACGUGAAGUGCUUUUGUUGCGAUGGUGGACUCAGAUGUUGGGAGUCUGGUGAUGAUCCAUGGGUAGAACAUGCUAAGUGGUUUCCAAGAUGUGAAUACCUGUUGCAAGAAAAGGGCCAAGAAUUUGUUCAUCAGAUUCAAGCAAGAUUUCCAAGACUAUUUGAACAACUUUUGACUAAUGGAGACAGCAACUCAAGAGAAUUUGUUGAUCCCCCUGUUGUACACCUGGGUCCUGGAGAAGACCGUUCAGAAGAUGCAGUGAUGAUGAACAAUCCCGUGGUUAAGUCAGCGUUAGAGAUGGGAUUCGAACGUAGUCUGGUGAAGCAAACAGUCCAGAGCAAAAUUCUCACAAGUGGAGAAAAUUACAAAACUGUUCAAGAAUUGGUUUCUGAUUUACUAAGUGCAGAAGAUGAAAAGAGAGAAGAGGAGCGAGAGCUUCUUGCUGAGGAGAUGGCUUCAGAUGGUUUUACUUUCCUUAAGAAACAUCAUGCUGCUUUGACACAGCGUCUAAAAAGUGUCCAGAGCUUAAUGGAUCAUCUUCUGGAGGAGAAUGUCAUCUCACAGAAAGAGUAUGACACUGUUCGUAACUGCACUUCAGUCAAGCAGCAGACAGGGCAGCUCAUUGAUUUAGUCCUGUCAAAAGGAAAUGCUGCAGCAGAGGUUUUCCGCAACUGGAUCAAAAAGAAUGAUGUGUACUUGCUGAGAGAAUUGAUGGCCCAGACAAAUGAAGCUGCAUCACCGAGUCAAGAUCUUUCAGAUUUGCCUAUGGAGGAACAGUUGAGGAGACUUCAAGAGGAGCGCACAUGCAAAGUUUGCAUGGACAAGGAGGUCAACAUUGUCUUCAUCCCCUGUGGCCAUUUAGUGGUUUGCAAAGAGUGUGCACCUUCUUUACGCAAGUGCCCCAUAUGUAGAGGAUUGGUCAAAGGGACAGUACGUACUUUCCUAUCAUAAAAUAAACCCUUUGACAAGUAACAAAUCAACAAUAAAUUGAGCUGAAAAAAUAUUUAAAUUAAAACUAUAUGAGUAAAACAAUAAAACCGUGAAACUCAACAAAUA